AAGAAGCUUUUGUGCAACACUGUGUACGCUACAGCGUCUCUCGUUCUGGUUCUUCUCAGUUGUCCAUACGAAUCGUAAAAAUUAUAACACCAUGUCGAUAACCAGCAUGAGUAAAGUUGUUUGUAAUUCGCUUAUAAGAAAUUCUUUGCGGAUUUGCAAGACGCCAACAACUGGGUGGACAUACAGAUGUCAUCGUCUAUAUUGUGCUGCAGCAGAAAAACCAGCAGAAGGUACAGAAACAGAAAAACAACUUCAAGAGCAAAUUGCUGCAUUAAUGAAGGAAAAUGAAAAUCUAGCAGAAAAGGCAACGGAUCUAAAGGAUAAAUAUCAAAGGACGUUAGCAGACAGAGAAAAUGUCAGAGUUCGAUUACAAAAAGAAAUAAAAGAUGCCAAGCAGUAUGGUAUACAGGGAUUCUGUAAAGAUCUUCUAGAGGUAUCAGAUGUAUUUCACAAGGCAGUUAGUAGUGUACCUGAGGAGAGAAUCAAAGAAGGCCCUUCAGAUCUUAAGACUUUAUACGAUGGAUUAGUCAUGACGGAAAAUCAGUUACUGUCAGUUUUUCGGCGGCAUGGCCUAACACAGUUCAUUCCUGAGAUCGGGGAUAAAUUUGAUCCUUCUCUGCAGGAAGCAAUGUUUGAACUUGCGGCACCAGACAAGGAACCUGGGACUGUUGCUCAUGUUAUUCGCUCAGGUUGGAAACUUCAUGCUAGGUGUAUUCGUUCAGCUCAGGUCGGAGUUGUUAAAGAUUCUUAAUUUGGAAGUAAAUGUAGUUCAUUUAAGGAUUGUACAGAUUUUUCAUUACCUUACAAAACUAUUCAUCUGUUGUACAGAAUUGUUAAUGGCUAUUCCAUUAGUUGAUGUAGCCCUGAAUAUGGCCUGGGGAAUUACUAAUGGCAUUGACAAAAAAUGAUUUUAGGAGACUGAUUGGUAAUUACUUCUUUUUAUGCUAGUGAAAAGGACCAGAUAUUAUUUGUUAUUGCUGUUAAAAAAACACGAAGUAAAAUUUGUUUUAAGAAUGAAUGGCUAUAAAAUUACACAUUGUAUUUUGCUUACUCAGCUUGCAACAACUAUCCAUUUUUGUGUAAUGUCAGAUCAUUUUCUAUUUCCUAAUUGUACUUUAAUUUUGACUUCAUUUACCACUUUGCACAUAA